AUGACCGCUGGGGGCAGGACUGAAGCAGAAGUUAUUGAGAGCUUCCAGCGGUCUGACUUCUACAAACAUGAAAUGGCUGAGUUCUGGGACAGUGGCUGGAAGAUGUUCAAGCGGAAGGCAGAAGAACUAUUCCCAUACUUGGACCUGAGUGUGGCUAAGAGACCUCGACGCACUCGUAAGACUAAGGAUCAAGGUAGUGGAGUUAAUGAACAUGACAUGAAUGACAUAGGUGUUGCUCUAGCAAAAAUGGUUGAGGUUGAAAACGAUGGGGGCAAUCCAUUUAAUGUGAGUGACAUGGGUGAUGAUUUGGGGGAUGAACCAAUAGAUAUGGGUGAUGAACCAACAGACAUGGGUGAUGAUCCAGGUGAUGAACCAACAGACAUGGGUGACUAUGAAGACCAACCAACAGAUACAACUGAAAAAGUUAAUGAAGAUCUUACUGGACCUUUUCCUGGAGGGCCAUAUGACCCUUCAAUUUUGAAGAGUUUUCAUUGUCACAUAGCAGCCAAAAUUUGGCAUAAUGAUGAACGUGGAAUACUUAAAUGCUUAAAUCAUGGUUUUAAAGUUGGAGAAUGGUCAUUCAACUUGGAAGAUAAUGAACAGUCCAAAUUUCAUGGUUUAAUUAUGGAUUCGGGGUUGAUGUCUUUAGUGAGUUGCUCAUAUAAAUUAGUAAACAAAGUUGUAGCUUUGGUCUUUGUGGAAAGAUGGCAGCCAGAGACAAACACGUUUCAUCUACCAUUUGGUGAGAUGUCACCAACCUUAGAUGAUGUUAGUGUAAUUCUAGGGAUUCCAAUGAUUGGUAAAUCAGUCUCUUGCAAGAAGUUAUCAAAUGUUGACGUUGCAAAUCUGCUAGUUGAGGCUUUUGGAGUAACAAUAGAUGAGGCGAAUGUAGCGUUGAAGGUAGCACGGGGCUAG